CGCAGUGCCAGCGACUUCCUGGGCGUUUGCGAGGUUCGGAGGCGGAGAGGAUGGCAGACUUCUACAACUCGGACAGCGAGCCUACCACGCGCACGCUACUGCGCCGAGUGCUGGAUACCGCGGAUUCGCGUACCCCGCGGCGUCUCCGGAGUGCCGGGGCUGGUGCCCAGAGAGCCCUACUUGAAACACCUUCCUCCAGGAGGCUGAAUAGUGGAACAAAGACAACUGCCAAACAGCAUUCCCAUGGAGCCAGGUCUAUUGGCAGACUGGCCCACUUUCAAGUCAGUGGUAAUCUAGAGGAACAGACACCCCGGACUCUGCUAAAGAACAUCCUACUAACUGCCCCAGAAUCUUCCAUCCUGAUGCCAGAGACAGUGGUGAAGCCAGUGCCAGCACUGCAGGUGGUCCAACCUUCCAGAAAGGAAAGCAGUCGGGGCAGCCUGGAGCUACAACUUCCUGAAUUUGAGCCCCCCACAACCCUGGCUGCAGGUCUGCCUGCCCCUAGCAGGAAGAAGCAGAGGCUGAGAUUGUCAGUGUUUCAGCAGGAAGUGGACCAGGGGCUGCCUCACUCCCAAGAGCAUCCUGGGAAUGCUGAUGCCUCAUCCCUUACCAGCUCCCUCAACCUGUCCUUUGCCACACCUCUUCAGCCACAGUCAGUGAAGAGGCCUGGUUUGGCUCGCAGACCUCCCCUCCGCCGGGCUGUAGAUGUGGGUGCCCUGUUACAGGAUCUGCGAGAUGAUUCCUUGGCCUCAGCUCCUUCAGGUGACAGCCUCAAAACCCCUAUUGCAACUCUGCCAACGGACACUGUUUUGGAAGACACCCAGCCAUUCUCACAGCCCUUGGUUGGCUGCUCCCCCAGUGUACAUCACUUUCUGCCCCAUCCCUUUCCUACUGGUACUGAAGAUGCUGAGAGGGCUAUGGGGCACGGGACACAGAGCAGUGGACCUGGGCUACAGAACCACAUGAGUGGGGCUUGCGUUGCUGCUCCAUCUUUAUCCUUCUUGGAGCCGCAACCUUGGUCUGCUGCUGCUCCAGAGAUAAUAGAAGCAGAGGAUUCCCAGGGAACUGUGGAGGCAGAGGAGCCAGAAGGAUCUUCAGAGGAUGAGAACACCUCUGACAGGCCAGCAGAAUUGGCAGCCAGCACCCCCGAGUUCCUCCAGGCCAAGCAACUGCAUCCGAUUCCUGAAACAGCCCCCCCACCUGGUGUUGCAGUGUCUGUAGAUGAUUGUCCAGCACAGCAGCCUGAGCCAGUCUGGGAGAUACUUCCCAAGGGCAUAUCUGAUCCUGGUGCCUACCUCCAGGAGCUUAGGGGAACUAGGGUGAGGUGGAUGUGUCUAGGUCAGUAUGUAUUCAGAGAGGGCUUCCUGGAGGAUUAGCAGAAUUGGGACAGGCAGUGAUAGAUUCCUGAGGGGAGAAAAUGGCCUGAGCAAGUGCCAUUGUAUCCAACCUGGAGGAACAUAGUCCAGGGAAACACCAGGCUUCUGUGUGGCCUCGGCUCCAUAGCCUCUCAGUAGAUGAUUGGGAUUGCUGGUCCAAGCUAAGGAGCACAUGAACUCAAUUUUAUCAGGAGCUGGUAGGACUUAACCCUUGAUUAGGGACCUCUUCAAGUAGCAGUUUAGCCAUCUCUAUCCACUCCUGUCUCCAGCUUGUCUUCAGAGACUCUGGAGCCUGCAUCAGCCAGACUUCCCCGCAAACCCCGAACUGCUGGCUCCAGGCCCCGUCAAGAUUCCUACAAGGCUGGACUGAACC